AAGCCCUAGAAAGUCGCGGAGAGACGUAUCGCAUAUUAAAAAGAUAUGAAGAAUCACUUGCAGAUUUGAAUAAAUCGUUAACGAUUGAACCAGAUAACGCAGGUGCAUUAAUAAAUCGUGGAAAAACUUAUGUCAUGUUAGGAAAAUACAGUGAAUCACUUGCAGAUUUGAAUAAAUCGUUAAAUAUUGAGCCAAAUAACGCAGAAGCAUUUAUAAGUCGUGGAGAAACUUACUUAAUGUUAAAAAGAUAUGAAGAAUCGCUCGCAGAUUUGAAUAAAUCGUUAUAUAUUGAACCAAAUAACGCAGAGGCAUUAAUAAAUCGUGGAAAAACUUAUAUUAUGUUAGGAAAGUACAGUGAAUCACUUGCCGAUUUGAAUCAAUCGCUAGUGAUUGAUCCAAAUAACGCAGAAGCAUUAAGAAGUCGUGGAAAAACUUACUUAAUGUUAACAAAAUAUAAAAGAUCGCUCGCAGAUUUGAAUAAAUCGUUAGAGAUUGAACCAAAUAACGCAGAAGCAUUAAUAAAUCGUGGGAAAACUUAUAUUAUGUUAGGAAAAUACAAUGAAUCACUUGCAGAUUUGAAUAAGUCGCUAAAGAUUGAACCAAACAAUGCAGAAGCAUUAAGAAUUCGUGGAACAACAUAUAAGACGUUAGGAAAAUACAAUGAAUCAUUCGCAGAUUUGAAUAAAUCGUUAGAGAUUGAACCAAAUAAUGCAGAAGCAUUGAGAAUUCGUGGAACAACUUAUCUUAGAUUAGAAAGAUAUGAAGAAUCAUUUGCGGAUUUAGAUAAAUUAUUAGAAAUUGAACCGAACAAUGCAGAAGCAUUAAGAAUUCGUGGAACAACUUAUUUUAGAUUAGAAAAAUAUGAAGAAUCACUUGCAGAUUUAGAUAAAUUAUUAGAAAUUGAUCCAAACAGUGCAUUUUCGUUACAAAUCCGUGGCGAAAUAUAUUACAAGAUGAAAAAGUACAGUCUAGGAAUAUACCAAAUUUGGGGGACGUCUAAAGCCGUGUCCAGUCAC